UUUUUUCAAACUUACCUGCUCAGACGGCGGACUGGCUUUUGAUAGUCCGCCAACCAUGACCCGCCAAGACACAGCGACCCCAACGGGAAGCCUGAGCGCCCAGGGCCCCUCAAACACCGGUUACAACAACAACCCUGUGCCGGUACCUGUGAUCACACAGAGGAACUCAAGAGACAAAUGGAGCAAAAAGAUGGAUUUUCUUUUAUCAGUCAUUGGCUUCGCGGUAGACUUAGGAAACGUGUGGAGAUUUCCAUACAUUUGUUACCAAAAUGGAGGCGGUAAGAGUUUUUCUAAUUCUUUAAUUAUUUGCUUUCUAUUUUAGUGGGCUAAUCUAUGACCUUACUUACAUGUAUGUGGUCUCCUCUUUCUUGAUAUUAGAUACGAUAGUAGGCUGAAUAUAAUUAUUAACAAUUAUUAUUCAGAUAGCAUAUGUUUGGAAUGAAGGAUUUGAUAAGGAUAGUGGCUCUCAUGCGCGCACUUGGGUAGGCUAUACCUCCUGCUGUCCAUGGUGCUGAAAUUAGCUUCACAUGCUCGAGAGCCUGCAACCCACUCCAAACAAAAUUACUGAAACACACUGAAGUAAAUAAAGUAUUGUACUACGUACAGCAUAGGUUUUCCUGUUUAGAAUUAUUUAAAUAUAGCCUAGCCUAUUAGGAAAGUUCAUCCGCCAAGAUGAGUUCGAAAAGACAGCGUUCUCAAAUGGACUAGUUUAAAAUGUCACAAAUGUUGUCGGACGCGGUACUGAUUGAGGCUACAAAACAUAGGCCUGCCUCUAAUCUGAUCAGUGUUAUGGAAAACGGAAAGUGGAAAAUGUCUAGCCUGUCGAGAUUAUAGGCUAUAAAUGAAUUAAAAAGUAACUAAAUAUUGUAUUUGGCUGCAUAAAACCUGUUUAUUUUGUAUCUCAUCUGUAAUUAUCGUUGUGUUUGCACCUCAUUUGUAGAAGGCUACCGUUUGCGGUUUGACUAGAGGGAAUAUUUCACUUGUUGCACUAAUUUAAUGCACCAUACAGUGGCAUAAAUGCUUCUUUUUUUUUUUUGUAUCUGUACUCUACUUUACAAUUUAUAUUCCUAAAGAAAAUCAUGUACUUUUUCCUGACACCCAAAAGUACUCAUUACAUUUUGAAUGCUUAGCAGGACAUGAAAAUGGUCCAAUUCACGCACUUAUCAAGAGAACAUCCCUGGUCAUCCCUACUGCCUCUGAUCUGGCGGACUCACUAAACACACAUGCUUCCUUUGUAAAUGAUGUCUGAGUGUUGCAGUGUGCCCCUGGCUAUCAGCACAUUUAAAAAACAAGAAAAUGGUGCCGUCUGGUUUGCUUAAUAUAAGGAAUUUUAAAUUAUUUAUACUUUUACUUUUGAUACUUAAGUAUAUUUUAGCAAUUACAUUUACUUUUGAUACUUAAGUAUAUUUAAAACCAAAUAUUUUUAGACUUUUACUCAAGUAGUAUUUUACUGGGUGGCUUUAACUUUUACUCAUUUUCUAUUAAGGUAUCUUUACUCUUACUCAAGUAGCACAAUUAGGUACUUUUCCCACCACUGUCUAAAGGUAGGCAAGACCAUGUAUCAGUUUGCAUGUAACUUCUGUUCUGAAUAAAUAUUUGUUUUAAGUUAUAAAAUGUGUAGGGAUAUACAGAAACCCCUACACUCUUAGAAAAAAGGUUCCAAAAGGGUUAUUUGGCUGUAUCUGUAGGAGAACCCUUUUUGGUUUCAGGUAGAACCCUUUGUACCCUACAUGUAGAACUCUCUGUGGAAAGGGUUCUACCUGGAACCAAAAAGGGUUAUUCAAAGGGUUCUUCUAUGGGGACAGCCGAAGAACCCUUUUUGGUUCUAGAUAACACCUUUUUUUUUUCUAAGAGUGUACCAAUCAUUUGACAGAUGGUCUGAUUAAAAAGCAAAGACAUUUCGAAUCUUUGGAUGAUAUGAAUGUAAUUAAUUUCAAUUAAAAAACUGUCGCCAAAACAUAGAGGCUAUGCACAUAUAUUUGAGCAAAAAUAUUUCCCUUUGAACAAAAUACAAAAAAGUCGUUAAAGUGUAUUUAAAGGGCCAAUCUGCAGUUGCUACAUCCAUUUUUUGGCUUAUAAAUUCAUGUUACUUACCCAUUGAUUCUUGAAGAAUAACUUAUAAGUGCCUCAUGAUCGCUUAGUUCAACUGUCGUGCCUCAUCAUAACCCAACAUAUAAGCAUGUGUUAAUCCAAUGUUUGUAAACAAAGUAAAUGUAAAGAAACACUAUUUAUCCUCAAAACAUGGUUAAAACGAUAAUUUUAAUAUCAUGAAUGGUCAGUCCUUGCAUCCAUUGCUCUGUCUAUACAUUUUAGAGUGGUUAGAUUUCUCCAUCCCCAUCUCUCAGCUUUUUGCCGUAACAGGGGCGGGGAAAACGGGUUGUUAUUGUUUUAACUGCUGAUUACUUCGUUAAAGAUAAACACUAGACCUAAAGCAUCCAGGUAUAAUGUCGAUGUCCGCAUCCCCAUAAAAGUCUGUCAGUUGAAACUAGAGAUAUCCGCCGAUGUCGCACUUCCGCAUCUGCAGUGAAAGGUGACAGAGCUAGAGCGGUGUUUGUCAGACCGUGAAACAUCCCCAAAAUUGGUCUUCUUACAAAAUCGUCUGUAGCGUCUGAACGAUUUGGCCAAACGGUUUGACUCCUCUAUGGAAAGAUGAGACUCUCACGAACACCAUGGUGUUCUCCGUUUUGCUCUAUGACCCCCAAAAGCAUUUUGUUUUGCUUUAGGACGCCCACAGGCCUCACAAGACUCAUCUGAAGGUCACCGGUACCAGUUGAAAAAAUGAAUUGAAGUAUAUCUGGAGACUGUUUAGAGCCAAAAAUAACAUAACAAUAAAAUAAAAUUAUGUUUCCAGAUCUUUCUUAUAUCUGUCAGAUAUAGGACAGACACUUCAGAACAAACUUCCUUUAGAUUUUUUAUGGGGACUAUCUGUUGUUCCAUGUAGUGAAUAUGUUAUUCAAUGCGUUUGUAUGGGCUAAUAGCAGUAAGGCCAAAUAAAAAUGUUCGCCCCCCAGUUUAUUAUGAGUUAAUAAUAAUGUAUGAGCCUUUUAAUGUUAUAGCUUAUAAAUAAUAUGUUCUGUCUCUCUAUGCAUAACAUUUCAACUGUCUUAAACUGGCUGCUCAUUAUUAAAUGGUUACAAUACAUUAUAAAGGGGUCAUACAUGACUUAAAAGUCUUACAUACAUUAUAACUGCAUGUCUUACAAUUCAUCAUCAUAAUGUGUUACAUGUGUUACCAGAUGUCCUUACAUAUUAAACUACUAAGUAGUAAAAGUAACAAUUUGCAAAGUGACUGUCCUUCCUAAUGCAUCUCACAUCUUGUGCAUCUGACACUUGUGCUGUGGCAAUAGCCUGGGGAUGAGGUUAGGCCUACAUCUUCAUCAACACAAUGGGAUCUCCGUGUAGUAAUGAGUCAGACCUGUGAUUUUCCCUCUUUACAUCUCUGUACAGGGGCUUUCCUCAUCCCCUACAUUGUCAUGGCCAUCUUUGGAGGGGUGCCACUAUUUUACAUGGAACUGGCCCUGGGACAGUUCCACAGAACUGGGGCCAUAUCCAUAUGGAAACACAUAUGCCCCAUCUUCAAAGGUAGGACUAGCAUCAUAUACAGUGAGGGAAAAAAAGUAUUUGAUCCCCUGCUGAUGAUCAGUCUAUAAUUUUAAUGGUAGGUUUAUUUGAACAGUGAGAGACAGAAUAACAACAAAACAAUCCAGACAAAUGAAUGUCAAAAAUGUUAUGAAUUGAUUUGCAUUUUAAUGAGGGAAAUAAAUAUUUGACCCCUCUGCAAAACAUGACUUAGUACUUGGUGGCAAAACCCUUGUUGGCAAUCACAGAGGUCAGACGUUUCUUGUAGUUGGCCACCAGGUUUGCACACAUCUCAGGACGGAUUUUGUUCCACUCCUCUUUGCAGAUCUUCUCCAAGUCAUUACGGUUUCGAGGCUGACUUUGGCAACUCGAACCUUCAGCUCCCUCCACAGAUUUUCUAAGGGAUUAAGGUCUGGAGACUGGCUAGGCCACUCCAGGACCUUAAUGUUCUUCUUCUUGAGCCACUCCUUUGUUGCCUUGGCCGUGAGUUUUGGGGCGUUGUCAUGCUGGAAUACCCAUCCACGACCCAUUUUCAAUGCCCUGGUUGAGGGAAGGAGGUUCUCACCCAAGAUUUGAUGGUACAUGGCCCCGUCCAUCGUCCCUUUGAUGCGGUGAAGUUGUCCUGUCCCCUUAGCAGAAAAACACCCCCAAAGCAUAAUGUUUCCACCUCCAUGUUUGACGGUGGGGAUGGUUUUCUUAGGGUCAUAGGCAGCAUUCCUCCUCCUCCAAACACGGCGAGUUGAGUUGAUGCCAAAGAGCUUGGUUUUGGUCUCAUCUGACCACAACACUUUCACCCAGUGCUCCUCUGAAUCAUUCAGAUGUUCAUUGGAAAACUUCAGACGGCCCUGUAUAUGUGCUUUCUUGAGCAGGGGGACCUUGCGGGCACUGCAUGAUUUCAGUCCUUCACGGCGUAGUGUGUUACCAAUUGUUUUCUUGGUGACUAUGGUCCCAGCUGCCUUGAGAUCAUUGACAAGAUCCUCCCGUGUAGUUCUGGGCUGAUUCCUCACCGUUCUCAUGAUCAUUGCAACUCCACGAGGUGAGAUCUUGCAUGGUGCCCCAGGCCGAGGGAGAUUGACAGUUAUUUUGUGUUUCUUCCAUUUGCGAAUAAUCGCACCAACUGUUGUCACCUUCUCACCAAGCUGCUUGGCGAUGGUCUUGUAGCCCAUUCCAGCCUUAUGUAGGUCUGCAAUCUUGUCCCUGACAUCCUUGGAGAGCUCUUUGGUCUUGGCCAUGGUGGAGAGUUUGGAAUCUGAUUGAUUGAUUGCUUCUGUGGACAGGUGUCUUUUAUACAGGUAACAAACUGAGAUUAGGAUCACUCCCUUUAAGAGUGUGCUCCUAAUCUCAGCUCAUUACCUGUAUAAAAGACACCUGGAAGCCAGAAAUCUUUCUGAUUGAGAGGGGGUCAAAUACUUAUUUCCCUCAUUAAAAUGCAAAUCAAUUUAUAACAUUUUUGACAUGCGUUUUUCUGGAUUUUUGCUUUCUCUCACUGUUGAAAUAAACCUACCAUUAAAAUUAUAGACUGAUCAUUUCUUUGUCAGUGGGCAAACAUACAAAAUCAGCAGGGGAUCAAAUACUUUUUUCCCUCACUGUACAAAACAACCCACCUCACAACCACACACCAGUUCACAUCUUUACAUUACUUGCAUACUACACAUCUUCUUCUCAAGAUCACGUGACCCUUGCUGUUGACAAUUCAACAGUUUAUUGAUAAGGUAACUAUGGAAUAAUUUGGAAAGUGGGUCAAUUGAAAGGUAAAGUACAGUACAGUCCUCAGUAUAUGAAACUUAUACUAGGCCUAUAACAACAUAGUAAUUGGUCAUUUCAAAAUGGCAUAUUCGGACUAUUUGCAUAGAGGCACAUGUUUCUAAUCUCUGAUCUCACUGAUCCAUCUGUCCAUGGUUUCAGGCAUUGGGUAUGCGAUCUGUAUCAUCGCGUUGUAUGUCUCCUUCUACUACAACACCAUCAUCGCCUGGGCACUCUUCUACUUCUACUCAUCCUUCGCCAGCGUCCUGCCCUGGACCAACUGUGACAACGCGUGGAACACUGAAAACUGCACCAACUACUUCCUGAAAGAUAACGUGACCUGGAACAACUACUCCAGGUCACCUGCUGAGGAAUUUUACACGUAAGUGCAUGUAAGUGGCAGACAGCACAGGGAAUACCAUGAUCUUGAAUAGCCACGUCAAUGGGUUGACAUCGUUGUUAUCAUUUCAUUGCAUUCAAGUGUUUCAACAUCAUUCUCAUUGUAUUGUCAUUUAAAUGUUUAAAUAAACACUUGCUUACAAGUGCUGAAACAUGCUGUGAUUAUGUAAAGCUUAUAGAAAACAAGAAAUUCACCCAGCACAAUGCUAGAAAAAAUGGUGCUCCAUCUAUCGAACCAAAAAGAUGGCUCACUUCAUAUAUGGCCCUAGAAAUGGAUCUAUAUCGAACCACAAGGCACCCUUAGUUUUAGCAGUGUAGGUAAGCCUACAGGUAAAGGUAAGUAAAUGUAAAUACAGUACUAAUGUAUUUUUCCACUACAGGAGGAAUGUUCUGGAGAUCCACAAGUCCGAUGGGCUGCAUAACGUGGGGGGUGUUCGCUGGCAGCUGAUGCUCUGCCUCUUUCUCAUCUUCACUAUCGUUUACUUCAGUCUCUGGAAGGGAGUGAAGACAUCAGGGAAGGUAACAUGUCCAAGCCACUCUUCCAGGAAACCGUAUCAGUGUGAGGGGGAUAAUUUCCGGAUCAUUGUUGUACAUUGUAGCAAAACGGCUGUGGUUUGUACCGUUCCGGGUCAUCCGGCCCCAAGGCUAACGCACUAGCCACAGAUAAAUAUUUCAGUUGGGGGUGUUCAUAAUGGGCUUAUCAAGACUAGGGUCAUUACAAUGCAAUGUCCAGUGUGAUUUCCUUGGCUAUAAUCUCCAUUGAUCUUCCCUUCUCAUCUCUCCCCCAUCUCUUUCUCUCUCUCUCUCUCUGCUGCUUUGCCUGUCCCGUGCCAGGUAGUGUGGGUGACGGCCACCUUGCCCUAUGUGGUGCUCUUCAUCCUGUUGAUCCGUGGUGCCACCCUACCAGGUGCAUGGAAGGGAGUGGUCUUCUACCUAAAGCCCAAAUGGGAGAAACUCUUCGAGACCAGUGUGAGUUAUAGAGACGAAACACAGAACACUUGUCCAUUAUCACAUCAAUUCCAUAUGAUCAUCAGUUUGGAGCGGGAAACACUAAAAUAGCGUGACGAAUUUCUCAGUAUUGUCUGAUUAUUUUGGUAUAGUUUCAAAUGACAAUUUGUUUAUUACAGUGAGCGGGCAAAAUUUGCAAUAGGAUGUUAUAAUGUCAUUAUUUGGUUGUACAGAUGCAGUAAUUUUUUUGCGUGUGUCACAGCACAGCAUUUUGCACUCGCCUGUGUCAAAAUCUGUGAAAGAAAGAGGAUAUGGCAUUUGUUAUUUCAAUUUGACCUUUCGCUAAGCCCCGCCCCAUAAUUUUGGCCAACCUGCAGUGCUCCAAUGGAUAGCAACUGUAGUAGAGUCCGACACCUCCGACAAGCUCACGUUUAAAUUGCGUGAAAGCCAGUGAGGCUAUGGCAAAAACUGAGAGAUUUCUUCAAAAAAUGUAUGUUUAAAUGGCUAAAUAAUUUAACAGUGCACCAGAAGUACUUGCUACUGUGACUCCUGAAAUGCAGAGCCUGUUGAUGGAGUAUUUUUCGAAUCCGAAAUUAUACUUUUGUUACAUUGUUUGCUUGCUCAGCUGGUUAGCUAACUCUCACUCUCAUUGACCACCAAAUGUUGCUAACGCUAGCUAGCCACUUAAUAUAACUUGUUUUCUGGGAGAGGCUACUGUAUACGGACACGCUGCUGAGAGUUGAGUGUGGAGAUGAAUGGAUUCGGUUCAGUCAGUAAUCCUGAUGAGCCCUUCCCAGCUAGUUUAUACUAGCUAGCUGGCAACAACAGCUGCAUGGCGCUAGUUAAAACUUGUAAAAGAAAGUUAUGUUUAUUUCGAGAAUAGCUUGUAGUAUUGGUCACCAUCUACAAUUUGUUCCAUCCCACUUCAUUUUAUUUCGAAUAGGAUAGCAGCCUACAGUACAUGAGAAAUAACUUGUAAUAUUGGUAGUAACCAUCUGGAUGUCACGGUGAUACAGUCUACACUGUUCAAUGGGGAGAGUUUGCGCUGCAACCGGCAACACAACAACACGGGGCAUAGUGUCUGUCGCUCCCGCUUGCUGCAGUAAGGAGAGGAUAGCUGCUAGAUAUUGUAGCCAAUAUCAGGCCAGUGUGACAGCUACAGUGGGGAAAAAAAGUAUUUAGUCAGCCACCAAUUGUGCAAGUUCUCCCACUUAAAAAGAUGAGAGAGGCCUGUAAUUUUCAUCAUAGGUACACGUCAACUAUGACAGACAAAUUGAGAAAAAGAAUCCCAGAAAAUCACAUUGUAGGAUUUUUAAUGAAUUUAUUUGCAAAUUAUGGUGGAAAAUAAGUAUUUGGUCACCUACAAACAAGCAAGAUUUCUGGCUCUCACAGACCUGUAACAACUUCUUUAAGAGGCUCCUCUGUCCUCCACUCGUUACCUGUAUUAAUGGCACCUGUUUGAACUUGUUAUCAGUAUAAAAGACACCUGUCCACAACCUCAAACAGUCACACUCCAAACUCCACUAUGGCCAAGACCAAAGAGCUGUCAAAGGACACCAGAAACAAAAUUGUAGACCUGCACCAGGCUGGGAAGACUGAAUCUGCAAUAGGUAAGCAGCUUGGUUUGAAGAAAUCAACUGUGGGAGCAAUUAUUAGGAAAUGGAAGACAUACAAGUCCACUGAUAAUCUCCCUCGAUCUGGGGCUCCACGCAAGAUCUCACCCCGUGGGGUCAAAAUGAUCACAAGAACGGUGAGCAAAAAUCCCAGAACCACACGGGGGGACCUAGUGAAUGACCUGCAGAGAGCUGGGACCAAAGUAACAAAGCCUACCAUCAGUAACACACUACGCCGCCAGGGACUCAAAUCCUGCAGUGCCAGACGUGGCCCCCUGCUUAAGCCAGUACAUGUCCAGGCCCGUCUGAAGUUUGCUAGAGUGCAUUUGGAUGAUCCAGAAGAGGAUUGGGAGAAUGUCAUACGGUCAGAUGAAACCAAAAUAUAACUUUUUGGUAAAAACUCAACUCGUCGUAUUUGGAGGACAAAGAAUGCUGAGUUGCAUCCAAAGAACACCAUACCUACUGUGAAGCAUGGGGGUGGAAACAUCAUGCUUUGGGGCUGUUUUUCUGCAAAGGAACCAGGACGACUGAUCCGUGUAAAGGAAAGAAUGAAUGGGGCCAUGUAUCGUGAGAUUUUGAGUGAAAACCUCCUUCCAUCAGCAAGGGCAUUGAAGAUGAAACGUGGCUGGGUCUUUCAGCAUGACAAUGAUCCCAAGCACACCGCCCGGGCAACGAAGGAGUGGCUUCGUAAGAAGCAUUUCAAGGUCCUGGAGUGGCCUAGCCAGUCUCCAGAUCUCAACCCCAUAGAAAAUAUUUGGAGGGAGUUGAAAGUCCAUGUUGCCCAGCGACAGCCCCAAAACAUCACUGCUCUAGAGGAGAUCUGCAUGGAGGAAUGGGCCAAAAUACCAGCAACAGUGUGUGAAAACCUUGUGAAGACUUACAGAAAACGUUUGACCUGUGUCAUUGCCAACAAAGGGUAUAUAACAAAGUAUUGAGAAACUUUUGUUAUUGACCAGAUACUUAUUUUCCACCAUAAUUUGCAAAUAAAUUCAUUAAAAAUCCUACAAUGUGAUUUUUGGAGAAAAAAAAUCUCAUUUUGUCUGUCAUAGUUGACGUGUACCUAUGAUGAAAAUUACAGGCCUCUCUCAUCUUUUUAAGUGGGAGAACUUGCACAAUUGGUGGCUGACUAAAUACUUUUUUUCCCCACUGUAAAUCACAUUUAUUGUAGUGAUUUUCACCAAAAAUGUACAACUAUGGCAUUAACAUCUAAUGUUACAUUUUAGUAAAAAUAAUAAUAUAUACUAUUACUCCGAUACAAACGGAAUGAUUCUGAACACUCCCAAGUCCCAACUUCGGCAGAAAAGUUCCAAAUUCUCGCUGAAGUUUCUAGCCACAAACUAGCUAGCUGGGAAGGGCUCAUCAGGACGACUGACUGAACUCAGUGUUGCCAACUCCUCAGUAAGGAAAGUAGCUAUUGGCUGUCCUAAAAGUCGCUAGAAGUCGCUCAAUGACGUCAUCACCUAAUUUGCAUUAUUGGCCAUGUGCAUGUAAUUGUGAUGGACGCUGUAGGAAAGAGGAAUAACUUCGUGGGAGAGACAAAAAUUGAGUAAAAAACACCCUACAUUUACAUCCCGCCCUGAAUGUAAGCCAGGGCGGGAUCAGCCAACGGUGGCUUCCCGCAUGUGCGAUUCAUUUGCAGUCUGGACGAAGAGGGGUGAACAUCUGUUCUGACUGCAGCUGGGAGGUACUGCUGCGCGAGGACUGGGCCGCCUGUGAAUGCUUUGGGUAGGGGUGGGGCCCACGGCAGCACCCGCUGCUCGUUGAGAAGAGUAAGACCGAUACGUGCUUUCACGUCAGAGUCUCCAAAAGUCUCCAAUAACACCAGAAAAAGUCGCUAGAUUUGUCGCUAGUCGCUUUUUUGAAAAUGUGUCGCUAGAGGGGUCUGAAAACUCGCUAAAUAUAGCGACAAAGUCGCUAAGUUGGCAACACUGACUGAACUGAAUCCGUUUGUCUCCACUCGACUCUCACUGCGCAACAAACGUCAUAAAUUUGGGCACCAGGCGUGUCUUACCCUUGUUUUCUCAGAAUGUAUGUUAACUAGCUUUGUUAGCAAUGUUAUGAAUACAUAUUUUGUCGACAUCAGGAUAUGAUUUGAGAGCACUAGUUAGCUCCUAAAUGGGGAAUUGGGUUUCCCGGGAAAAUGUUGUCCGAGGUUGAAACAGUAACCAAGGGGCACAGGGCUUACUGAAGGGUAAAUUGAAUGCAGUCAAAUAUUUUCUCCCCAUGCAAGUGCAGCAUGCUGUGCUCUGCUGUGCUGUGAUUUGCGCCCCAAAAAUACUGCAUCUGUAAACUUUUUUUCUGGUUAUGGGGAGGUAUUUUUCUGGUCACUGUAAAGCUGUUUAAACACCCUGACCAUGACAUUACAAAAGAUGUCAGCCUGAUGUCAUUGCAACCAGUAUAUUGGGAACAGUCUGAGUCUACCUCUACCAUAACCUAACCUAGCAGGCGUUAAAAGAUGCCUGAGCGGAGUCCCCACAUCUGUUUUUCAGGGGAAACGGAAGUUAGGUUGAAAAUACUGUAUCCCUGAAAACCGUAAACAUACGCUUUAUGCCAACCCCGCGGAAAGUGCCUCUACCAUAAUGUCUUUUAACUUUGCUUUCUUGCUUUCUACUCUCUGAUGGUCCAGUGCUGUGUUGUUGGCUCAGUAUGAGUGAGCGCUUUGGUUCAAGGGAAUAUGGAUGAGAUGAGAUGCAUAAAUAAGCCACGCGAUAAUGAGAUGCGUAGUUGGUUUAGAUUUUUCCAUUAACAAAGCCUCCCCCCACCCAUUCUCUCUCACGCACACAUACACUCUCUCUCUUUCGUUCUCCUCUCCCUUUCCAAGUGCAUGCUUCUCUUCAGAGCUCUAUCAGUACAGCUGUGAAAUAAGAUUUGUAUGAGGCUAUCAUUUAGCACAAAUGUCAUUGGACACAUAAUAUGCCAUUUAGCAGACGCUUUUAUCCAAAGCGACUUACAGUCAUGCGUGCAUACAUUUUAACGUAUGGGUGGCCCCGGGGAUCGAACCCACUACCCUGGCGUUACAAGCUGUAUGAUCUACCAAUUGAGCUACGAAGGACUAUUUGUGAGCUAUUCAAUGAGCGCCCUAUAAUUUGUGCUUACGCUGCAAGUAUAAUGCAAUAUGAUGUGCAAUGCUUUGCAAAAUUUGACAUCAGCAUGUAUGACCCCUUUAUAAUGUCUUAUUAUCCUGACUAAAAAACAGCCAAAUGUGUGUAGACAUUAUAAAGGCACAUGCUAAUAACUAGAAAAGUACAUUUCGUACAGAAAAUGUGUAUGCUUGCUAGCUUGUCUUUAAAUUUUUAUGGUUGAUAGGACAGGAUAGCCUGAACAUAUAAAAGUUGGUUUGGUGUCUCUAGCUUGAACGGUUCAAGAGUUACUCUUACUGCUGGUGGGUUAUUUUAUGCAAAUGUGUGCAAACUUAAAUUGCUAUAAUUUAUGACGUUUUGAAAAUGUUAAAGUUGUUUUAAUGUUUGCAGCUGAAAUGGUUAAAGAACAGUAUCAUUUAUAAUGCACAUUCUAAAGUUGGUUUAGUGUUAAUAGCUUAUGUGGUUUAAGUGCUAGAGUGAGUGGAAUAAUAGUAAUGAGUAUGUAAGAAAUCUAGAGUGGUCUUGCCUUCAGCAAGCACAUUAACUAGUAAUAUAUUAUUAUAUGUGCAAACUUUAAUUUCAAGUGUUAUCUGUGACUUAUUAUAUACAUUUCUAUUAAGAAACACUGUGCACAGAUAUGAAAUGAUUUGGAUACUUGGAGGGAAUCAGCUGUCCAAUAGAGAAACAUUUGAAAAUGAGAAAGUAAUUAGCAUUACAUUUAAAGCUCCACAAUAGCAGAGGAUUAUGAGAGAUAGACAGACAGACAGACAGAGGCUGGCUGACAGACAGGAACAGUUAGGCUUCAGUAGCUUGAUAUAGGUCUUUAUACUGUUGAGAUACACAGGGAUACUAUACAGGUCAAAGCACUGAAUCUGAUAUUCUGAGAUUGCAGGUAAAUCCCUCAGGUUCAGUCAUUUGAGGGUAAUUCAUCUCCAUGUGUUUUGUAGGUGUGGGUAGAUGCUGCGGCUCAAAUCUUCUUCUCCUUGGGGCCAGGGUUUGGGGUGCUCCUUGCCCUCUCCAGCUACAGCCCCUUCACAAACAACUGUUAUCGGUAAGAGCUGAUAAUAAAACUCCCUUAAAUAAUAAUAAAUAUACACUGAGUGUACAAAACAUGACAUACACUUUCCAUGACAUAGACUGACCAGGUGAAUCCAGGUGAAAGCUAUGAUCCCUUAUUGAUGUCACCUGUUAAAUCCACUUCAAUCAGUGUAGCUGAAGGGGACGAGACAGGUUAACCUCUUAAGGAUCGAAACCUUUUUUUCAAUUUUCACCUAAAAUGACAUACCCAAAUCUAACUGCCUGUAGCUCAGGACCUGAAGCAAGGAUAUGCAUAUUCUUGAUACCAUUUGAAAGGAAACACUUUGACGUUUGUGGAAAUGUGAAAUUAAUGUAGGAGAAUAUAACACAUUAUAUCUGGUAAAAGAUAAUACAAACAAAAAACAUGCAUUUUUUUUUCUUGUUUUUUUCCAUCAUCUUUGAAAUGCAAGAGAAAGGCCACAAUAUAAUAUUGCAGUUUAGGCGCAAUUUAGAUAUUGGCCACUAGAUGGCAGCACUGUGUGUGCAACGUUUCAGAUUGAUCCAGUGAAGCAUUGCAAUACCAGACUAUUUUGUAUCAAGUCUGCCCAAAUGUGCCGAAUUGGUCAAUUGUUACAUUUUCAAGUACAUAACUAUAAAGAACAUAUAAAAAUGAUAUGGUAAUACAAAAUGUAAGUUUGCAUAGUCCCAGGAAUGUCAUACAUGAUGGCUCAUUAGCUUAUACACUAACUUUCACACAUCUGGAUGGGUGGGUGUGGAGCCAGAGACAGCAGGGGUUCAAACUGUAGAACCCAGUUCCUACAUUUGAAUAUACAAAUGGAUUUUAUCAAACAAAACGAUGCUCAUUUUAUCUAUGGGACCCUUAGGAUGACAAAUCAGAGCAAGAUUACUGAAUGUAAGUACAUUAUUUACCUUCAGAGGUGAAUGUAUCAAACCAGUUGUCGUGAUACGUUUUUUGUCAUUGUGCACUCUCCUCAAACAAUAGCAUGGCAUUUUAUCACUGUAAUAGCUACUGUAAAUUGGACAGUGCAGUUUGAUUAACAAGAAUUUAAGCUUUCUGCCCAUAUAAGACAUGUCUAUGUCCUGGAAAGUUUGCUGUUACUUAUGUAACAGUUUUGCUUCCGUCCCUCUCCUCGCCCCAACCUGGGCUUGAACCAGGGACCCUCUGCACACAUCGACAACAGUCACCCUCGAAGCACCAUUACCCGUCGCUCCACAAAAGCCACGGCCCUUGCAGAGCAAGGGAAACAACUACUUCAAGGUCUCAGAGCGAGUGACGUCACCGAUUGAAACGCUACUAGCGCGCACCGCUAACUAGCUAGCCAUUUCACACUGGUUACACUUACAACAGUCAUGCUAAUCACAUUAGCGCACGUUAGCUCAACACGUUAGGGACACCGAUCGAUCCCGUAGAAGGAUUUUUAAGCCUUGAGACAAUUGAGACAUGGAUUGUGUAUGUGUGCCAUUCAAUGGGUGAAUGGGCAAGAUAAAAUAUUUAAGUGACUUUGAACUGGGUAUGGUAGAAGGUGCCAGGCGCACCGGUUUGAGUGUGUCAAGAACUGCAACGCUGCUGGGUUUUUCACGCUCAACAGUUUCCCGUGUGUAUCAAGAAUGGUCCACCACCCGAAGGACAUCCAGCCAACUUGACACAACUGUGUGAAGCAUUGGAGUCAACGUGGGCCAGCAUCCAUGUGGAACACUUUCGACACCUUGUAGAGUCCAUGACCCGACAAAUUUGUUCUGAGGACAAAAGAGGGUGCAACUCAAUAUUAGGAAGGUGUUCCUAAUGUUUUUUACCCUCAGUGUAUCUGCCUGUGUUUACAUAUGCCAUUUAGUAGACACCUGUAUCCAAAGCUUGCAUCCAAAUGUACGUGCAUACAUUUUCGUAUGGGUGGCCCCAGCGGGAAUCAAACCCACAAACCUGGCAUUGCUAGCGCCACACACACUGUAAACCCUAAUAAGUUCACAUAACUCAAAAAUUAUUUUGUAACAGAUUACACAAAAAUAUUUUAGUGAUGUUUUUAAAUGUUUUAAGUUUACAUAAAAUAAAAAUUAUAUUUACAGUUGCCUUAAAUUAUCUCAAUGUUAUCUUAUAAAUAUUGAUAUUCCUCAACUUAUAAUUAGGGAGUAAUUCACUCAAAAUUUUCAAUAUUUUUCAACUCAUAUAAUGUGGGAAAUACACUCAAAAUUUUCAAUAUUCUUCAACUCAUAAAUGUGUGAAAUACACUCAAAAUUUUCAAUAUUCUUCAACUCAUAAUGUGGGACAUGCAAACAAAAUUAAUUCUAAACUGAAAUACUGAUGUCGGUCCAUUACACAAUUAUAAUCAGCGAAUAAUGUUAGAAAACAUGAAAGUGACACCAGUGACAAUUUAACUUUUUUUUUAUUCAACACAAUGUGCUUUUAAAAAGGCACGAAUCAAAAGGAGCUCAGUCAAAACAAAGUGCUUGUCAUAAAUUAAAACAAAAAAGGAAAAGGAAAUGACUCCAUAAAAACAAAAUGUGUUUUAAAGUACAUUAAGUGUUAAUAGUUCCAUAUUCUGAUAGUGGUCAUUGCUACAGAGGGUAGAUUCAGUAUUUUGGGUCUCCAUAUCACACUAUUCAGUAAACAUUAUGAUAAAAACUCACAAAGGCUUCAUGAUAAAAUUCAAUAAGAUUCUAAUUAUAAUCCAUCCUCAACAGCAAUGACAACUAUUAGAAUGUGGAGCCAUUUAAAACGUUUUGGCACUUACUGUACCUUGAAGGCUGCAACUCACUUUUUUUAAAUAAAACAUUCAAAUAAAAGUACUGGUUUCUACUGUGCCGUACUUCAACUGGCAACAUCAAGGUAAGCAUUAGGUCACACAACAUUAAACAUGUAUAGUGCAUGAAUUCAACAGUCGUUUCCCACAAGUACAGUACAAAAACUUGGGCUUGGCAAUACGUCAAUGUUGUGAUAUUUAUCUAUUAACAAUCAAUGUAUUAAAUCUGAGGUAGAAGAGGCAAACAGUGUAACAUAUUAAACAUGAGGUAGAAGAGGCAAAUUAUUACAUUUGUAAAGAGGGGAAAAAAACUAAAAACAUCCUCAAUACUCAGCUCAACAAAUAGUCCAUUCUGAGUGAUUCACUCAUUGAACAAAUCAUUCUUCAGUGUCAGUAGACGGCCUUUCAGUGGUUUGUUGUCCUCAAGACACAUCACAACUUUUUGGAUAAAUGUGAAUGUAAGCUCAAGAUUCUUUGGGUACUGUAGGUCUAGUGCAUAGACAUACCCAAAGAGCAGGAGAAAUGAGUCAGCCAGGUUUGUGGGACCACUCACAAGUAUUUCAUCUUCCACGACAAUACAGAUGCUCUCAGGGCUGAAGAGGGCCGCAUCAGUAGUAUCAUCAGUGACAACUGUCAGGAGAGCCACCGGAGUGUCAGUGAGGUCUGGACCAUCUGCUGACUAUAAAACACAAAUAAUACAAAAAUGAGUUCAGCCCCUCAAGGAUACAAAUCAUGCUAAUGAUGUCUAGACAUUACGGUCACUUUGCACUUAGACUGCAACUAAGCUACAUGUUUAAACUAUUUUCUUUACACAUGCUUAUUAUUUUAUGUUAGUUUCACACCUACCUGUAAGCAUACUUUUUGUUUAGUGGAAUUCUUUAUACUUACCUUUUCAUUUAUGUAAUUUCUACAUGUCAGUUUGCAGAAUAACAACUCAAGGAAACUUCAUAAACAGGUUCUGGGGGCUAUUCCAGAAAGGAGGUUCAACAAACUGAGCCUAACCCUGAACUCAGAGUUGACUUACCCCGUGAAGUGAAACUGAGUUUUCAGUUACAGAACAGCUGAUCUGAGUUAGGUAAGUUGACUCAGAGUACGUUAACUCGGAGUUGAGCUUGUGCCUGACGACUAGUAAAAAGCCAUCAUCAAUGGAGCUCCGAUACGGUUAUUCACCAUGGCAACGGGAGAAAACAGGAAGCAGACAUUUUCUGGCUGCGGCUGUUAUAUAAAUCACUGACAGAGUUUCAGAUGCAGUCGUCUUUUCAUUUUGAAUUUAACAUCACUUUAUUUUAUAUUAGCCUUUAAGGAAGUGGUUGAAUGUUGUUCAAUGUUUUAUUUUAGGCUAUUUUGUUUUAUUUAAAAUCGGCUGAAAAUGAAAUAUAAAAACAUUUUAUCUCAUACUCAAUGCGGCGACAAACUAGAAACACGGACUUUGAAAUUACGUUGUUGGAAAAAAUACAAUUGGCUAUACUGAUGGUUUUCACAUAACCUGCUUUCUGGAAUGCCCCUCUGGUUCUCCUAGAGUUCUUUGAGUGAUGUCAUGUUUAAGCUGACUGAAUAGCUAAGCAAAGGGAUUGAUAGUGAGGCCAGUACACUUACAUUACAGGUCCUGAAAAACUUGGGAGGCAUCUUCACGCAGGUACACAGGAAGUGCACGAAGGACGAGGGCCCGUCUCAUAUUUACAUCACGUUGUUCCUACAUGGACAAAAAAUAUCCAUUACAAUAAUAAUUACACAAAUAUCAAAAACAUUCAUUGUACACUAAUUAUAGUAAAAAUGAAAAUGUUAAAAGAUAAGCAAGUUAGUUAUUAACAAGCAAAGCAUCAAAGUUGUGUGCUUAUAGAUCUGCUAUUUCUGUUGUUGUUCUUUGUAUUUAACAAAGUAUUAAUAAAGGGUUCAAGUGAUCAACUGUUGACCCCACAGUUGAGAUAAAAACAUUUAGAGAAAUAGCAAAAGAAUGACUGUGGAAACACAUAAAAUAAAACCAAUUAUUAGUGUAACCCUCUCACCAGGCUCGAAUUUGACUCUCACGAUAUUACCUUAUUUAGAAUAUCUGAACAGCAUGGGAUAUUAGGUGAGAAGGACAUCUCCAAUAAGAAUCCCUAUUGUAAACUUGCUAGGGUGAAUGACAAAUAGGGUAUUAACUUCAGAUAGAAUGAUUAUAGACUUGGUUAUUGUUGUAAGGAUAUGCUUUCCCAUGCAUUAAAUGAAACUGAAACAGUAAAUGACUCCACCAAUACAACAGACAUAAGGUUCAAGAUCUAUAUUAAUCAAAUGUUCAAUGUAUCACAUCAAAAGAAAUACAAAUUAUAAACCCCAAUGAUUUUUCCACAACCCCAUGUCCAAAUUAUUUGCAAGCUUGCUUAAACCCUGGGCGCGCGUUGGAGCUCAUAAAAAAAAUGACGACAUACAUAAAGUCCCGAAGUCCACCCCACAUUUGUAGUUACUCACUACUUGUAGAUAAUGCCUCAGCAAAAUAUAGUAGUUCCGUGCAGGUGUCCUCACAAGAUCCACCGCGAACACAGCUAUCAAUGCAGCCAGUACUCGGUAGCAGCAACAGACAUCUGUUGGAAACCCGAACUGAUCGUCACAAGCAAUUCUCUCCAAGUCUUGCACGAUGCUAGGCUAACCUCUAGGAUGUCGAAUGUCUCCACAAUGCGACGGCAGCUUCAGUCUCCACUUGGUCUUUCUUAACUAAAUAAUAAACACUCUCUUAUAGAAAUAAAAUCAGGAUUUCCCUUAAAAAAAACUCUGUAGGUAUGGUUUUGUUCUCUCUUUAUCGUUUCCUUUGGUCGUUUUUCCUUCACCAACCCCACUAACGUCUCUCCUCUCCCUUCUUUCAACUUUUCCCUCCCUUUUCUUUCCCGGCAACCAGUCCACUCUCCCAUUGGCCACAACUUAACAAGUUAGCUCAUUGGUCAAAACUUUAACGAGAUACGUGGGAAAUUUAAACUUAAAAGUAAACCAACCUAUUCACUUGUACAUUUUUUUAAAACAUUGCUUCAAAAGAAAUGCAUUAAUGACAUUACAAAUCAGGAGCUAUUCGAUCACCUUUUAAAUCUAAUACCAAUGAAUUAUAACAAAUACACUCUAUACUUGGUUUUAGCAAUGUAUUACAUUAGUAACACUAUUUCAUAAUACAUCCUACCUGAACUGUUAAAAGGAUUUCGAGAUGAUCUCACAACCACACACUUGAGCCUAGGAAGAAAUACAAACACAGGCCUGGUUAGCAUAAUGAUAACACACUCACAUUAUGUUGUUUAGCAUUGUUCGUUUCACGCUAGCACACACGUACACACAGCUCGAUAACGUAAAAUAUUUACUGUGUAAGGCAGACACUUAUUGAAAUAAGUAUAAUCACAGUACGCACUUGCAUUACCGGCGAACAGCGAAAACUCAUGGACCUUCCUCCACCGUCAAUGUCCCGGGCAAACAUGCAUUAUGGGAAAUGUAGUUCAUCCAGGAAACCUGCUGAUAACGUUACACCGUUGUAAGAUGAAGUAACGUAACGUAUUUAUCACAUAUUUAACAACUUCUAAAGUUACAAUUACUUGGAUUUUUACACUAUUUACAACAAAUAUUCACUGUGCACAUUGUACAAAUGUAUUCCCAGUUCCACAUUUAAGACUAUCGAAAUUCAAUUGAAAAAAAAAAAUGAAAAAAAAACAGAGUUACUUACCAAAUCAGAGGUGAUGAUAAGAUGGCGCUUAAGAAAACGAGGGCAAUAAGACUAAUGAUAAAAACGGAGGUGGUGGUGGUUUCAAGCGGGCAGCAUAAAAGUGCGCAUUGCAAACAAAUUAAAACAAAUUAAACUGUGUUCCACAUCCACACGGGCGGCCCAAACAACCCCGCAUCUCGGCAAAUUCAAGAUGGCUGACUCAGCUUUCCUGAGGGAGAGAUGACCCACCCACCAGAACGUCAUGACGUCGAUAACGUCAUGACACUACCUAAACUUUUUGAGCGUUCCACACAAAUUACCUAUAAAAUAUUGAGCGCUCUUCAAUUAAAGUGGCAUAAAUCUCAACAGAGCUCAACACUUUAUAGUUUGGUCAACUGCAUAACGACAUUUGACUGUUAUGACCUUAUUACUUAUGAGCUAGUACAACUGUUUGGGAAUACAGUGCACUACCAACUGAGCCACACACCUGUGAGAGCAUAAGAAACUGUCAACCACAUCAAUCACCUCCAAACAAGUAAAAAGUUCAAACUAGAAUGACUCAGAGGAGGUAAGUGUGUCCAGGAUGGAAGAGGAGGCUGCUCCUCCUGAAUGCCCCAUUCACCAGUGAUGUAGGAGUAUAUUGUAUGGCUGGAUCUCCACGGUAGCGUUUCCAAUCUCUCUCAUAAAAGGCCGUCAUGCAUUGACAUCCAGUGACAAAAACAUGCGUCUUAGGAAGCCUAACUAUAGCCCUCACUUUUAUUCGCAUCAGCCCUGUGUCGUCGGGGAGGUAGGAAACACCGGCCAAUCAAGGCGAUUUGUUUAUGAUGUGUUGAAUAGAUGAGCUGAAAUGGAUGUCCCACAGCAACUCUUUAAGACAAUGUAAUUACAAUUAUGAGAAGGGAGUGGUGAGUCCAGCAUAGUGGGAGAUGAAUGGAUCACGGGGCUCUCCUGAAGAAAUUGAAUUGUAUGCUCCUUGUAAGACAGCUGUCAUGUGCAUGGUUAAUGUGAUUAGUACAGUAACAGUGGCACACAUGAGGAAACAAUGGCACUGCUGCUUCUCAGAGAACUUCAUGAAUCACACAGAAUCUGAAUAGACUUACUCUUGCUGACAGGGUUAUCUUAAUGAAAAGAAAGUGAAUGCCCACUCCAUAGAAAUAGAAAUGGCAUUUAGAAUACUGUACAUCUCAAUGGUCCACUCACUGUUUGUGUUUGCUUGCUAGCAAGUGAGCUCAGUCAAGAACAUGUCUUACAAAGGUAAUCCAUUUUGGUGACAGUUGCUCCAUUUACAAAAUCCCAAUGUAACCACUGUUCACAACCAAACCAGAGAAAGGUAUAAAUGAAUGAAUGACAAUACUUGAGAUGAUCAGACAGGCACCAUGUUUGUCUCUAUGUUGUGACGCCGUAGUGAUGCCAUAGUGACCAGCCUGGUGAACUGCCUGACCAGCUUCAUGUCUGGGUUUGUGAUCUUCACUGUGCUCGGGUAUAUGGCAGAGAAGAGAAAUGUGAAUGUGGAGGAUGUAGCCAGAGACAAAGGUUAGUGGCCAAAACUCUUCUAGAUAAACCACGUUUAAAAAAAACGUUUUCCCAAUACCUGUUUUAAGUGUAUUUGUAUGUUUUUUUUAAAUACUGUUGUAACUGACUGUACAUGUUCAAUAGGAAUGUAUUUAUAUAUAUACUACAAUAGUAGGAGAUUGCAGCCUUUAGAUUGUUAUCAACAUGGGAUUUACCCCCCCCCCCCCCCCCCCACCAACACCUCAUUCCCAGGUCCAAGCCUACUCUUCAUCACCUAUCCCGAGGCCAUAGCCAACAUGACAGGGUCAACGUUCUUCGCCAUAAUCUUCUUUGUGAUGAUGAUCACUCUUGGGCUCGACAGCACGGUAUGACAGAACUUGGGUUGAAGUGUCUCAUCAAAAGAAUGAGACUUGCCUAACUUGAUGUAAACAGAUUAUCCCUGAACUUUGGUCAUACAGUACCAGUCAAAAGUUUGGACAAAACUGACUCAUUCCAGGGUUUUUCUUUAUGUUCUACAUUGUAGAAUAAUAGUGAAGACAUCAAAACUAGAAAUAAUACAUAUGGAAUCAUGUAGUAACCAAAAAAGUGUUAAACAAAUUUAGAUUUGAGAUUCUUCAAAUAGCCACCCUUUGCCUUGAUGACAGCUUUUCACACUCUUGGCAUUCUCUCAACCAGCUUCAUUAGGUAGUCACCUGGAAUGCAUUUCGAUUAACAGGUGUGCCUUGUUAAAAGUUAAUUUGUGGAAUUCCUUCUUAAUGCUUUUAAGCAAAUCAGUUGUGUUGUGACAAGGUAGGGGUGGUAUACAGAAGAUAGCCCUAUUUGGUAAAAGACCAAGUUCAUAUUAUGGCAAGAACAGCUCAAAUAAGCAAAGAGAAACGACAGUCCAUCAUUACUUUAAGACAUGAAGGUCAGUCAAUCCGGAAAAUGUCAAGAACUUUGAAAGUUUCUUCAAGUGCAGUCGCAAAAACCAUCAAGCGCUAUGAUGAAACUGUCUCUCGUGAGGACCGCCACAGGAAAGGAAGACCCAGAGUUACCUCUGCUGCAGAGGAUAAGUUCAUUAGAGUUAACUGCACCUCAGAUUGCAGCCCAAAUAAAUGCUUCACAGAGUUCAAGUAACAGACACAUCUCAACAUCAACUGUUCAGAGGAGACUGCAUGAAUCAGGCCUUCAUGGUUGAAUUGCUGCAAAGAAACCACUACUAAAGGACACCAAUAAGAAGAAUAGACUUGCUUCGGCCAAGAAACACGAGCAAUGGUCAUUAGACCGGUGGAAAUCUGUCCUUUGGUCUGAUGAGUCCAAAUUUGAUAUUUUUCCAACCGCCGUGUCUUUGUGAGACACAGAGUAGGUGAACGGAUGAUCUCUGCAUGUGUGGUUCCCAACAUGAAGCAUGGAGGAGGUGGUGUGAUGGUGUGGGGGUGCUUUGCUGGUGACACUGUCUGUGAUUUAUUUAGAAUUCAAGGCACACUUAACCAGCAUGGCUACCACAGCAUUCUGCAGCGAUAUGCCAUCCCAUCUGGUUUGCGCUUAGUGGGACUAUCAUUUGUUUUUCAACAGGACAAUGACCCAAAACACACCUCCAGGCUGUGUAAGGGCUAUUUGACCAAGAAGGAGAGUGAUGGAGUGCUCCAUCAGAUGACCUGGCCUCCACAAUCACCCGACCUCAACCCAAUUGAGAUGGUUUGGGAUGAGUUGGACCGCAGAGUGAAGGAAAAGCAGCCAACAAGUCCUCAGCAUAUGUGGGAACUCCUUCAAGACUGUUGGAAAAGCAUUCCUCAUGAAGCUGGUUGACAGAAUGCCAAGAGUGUGCAAAGCUGUCAUCAAGGCAAAGGGUGGCUACUUUGAAGAAUCUCAAAUAUAAAAUAUAUUUUGAUUUGUUUAACACUUUUUUUUUACUACAUGAUUCCAUAUGCGUUAUUUCAUAGUUUUGAUAUCUUCACUAUUAUUUUACAAUGUAGAAAAUAGUAAAAAUAUAGAAAAACCGUUGAAUGAGUAGUUGUGUCCAAACUUUUGACUGGUACUGUAUGUAAUCAUGUUCAUUGAUGUGGCCCUCUCUCAUCUCUGUCUCAGUUUGGAGGACUGGAGGCUAUCAUUACUGCUGUGAUGGAUGAAUACCCUGAUUACCUGGCGAACAGACGGGAGCUGUUUGUACUGGGCUUGGUUGUUGUGUGCUUUUUGGGCUCCCUCAGCACCCUUACCAAUGUAGGUAACAUGUAAAUAAGAAUGUAGUACUUUGAAGACACAAACUUUACGACAGUAAAAUAAAUAUCAUUUAGGGCACUUUAGGGAUCUGGAAGCUCCUGAUUCAACAGUAGUCGUUAUAAGAUGGCACAGGAUAAAUUAUAUAAUUACAUUUGAAUAGAAACAAAUGAUAAAUUAACAAUCUAUACUAGUUUGAUCAACUUGUCCUGAAUGAACCUUUCGCCACAUAAGUGACAGGCAUGUGUUUCUCUCAGGGCGGGGCCUAUGUGGUUAAACUGCUGGAGGAAUUUGGGGUCGGUUCCUCCAUCAUUGCAAUUGGUUUUCUUGAGGCCAUCGCCGUUUCCUGGUUCUAUGGUAAGAAUGGUGAUUUAAUGGUGAUAAUCCAUCUUACGCUUCCUAUACUCCCAGUAGUAUCUUGCAUGAGACAGAAAUCCUCAUUUAUGUUUUCUUGUGGUUGUAAAAACAGAAGUAAUGCAUUACGCUUCCUACUGACUUCUAAAUCAUAUGGACAAAAAUAAAUUGUUCAGGUUUCACAUGACAAGAAACUGUUUUUAUAGUUAUUUUUUCAAAUUCUUAUCAUAGUGUUGUUGAAUACUCUCUUUUCAAUUUUGUAUUGCUUUCAGGUAUCACGAGAUUCAGCAAUGACAUUAAAUCCAUGUUAGGCUAUUCUCCUGGAUUAUUCUGGAAGGUGUGCUGGGUGGCCAUCAGUCCUGCAUUUCUAGCGGUAAGCAGAAACGGAGGGCAACCAACCGAUAAGAUUUGAAAUUAUGGAAUAUAUUGUCAAAUGUACUACUGGAUCCACAUUAAAGGAAGCUUUGUCAUCAUACCAUCAUUCUAGACAUUUAAAACUGAUUUAACAGUGUUAAUCAUCCAUUAUUUCACAAAUCUGACGCACAUCAGGUGACUCAAUCUGAUUGACCUACAGCUCCCUGUCACAGAGUUUCUGUAACGUAUACACUAGGAGUCAGGAAGCAGGUGCAGAAGGUGAGUUUAAUAAUGAGAAUAAGCAGAUAAACAAAACAGGAGAAGCGUACUGAAUGUGAACAAAACCAAUACUGCCUGAAGAUUGAGGCUACUGAGGGCUAAAUAAAAGGGACGUAAUCAAGGUAAUGAUGAAGUCCAGGUGUGCAUAACGAUGGGGAGCCGGUGUGCGUACUGAUGGUUGCCAGGUGUGCAUAAUGUGGGUUGCCAGGACCGGUGGCUAGUAGACCGGCGACGUCGAGCGCCGGAGAGGGAACGGGAGUAGGCGUGACAGUUUUUUGUAAACCUCUUAUAUAUCGCAAAUGUCAAAUCCUCCACAUGGCCCUUUCUGGUAACCUGCCCUGUCCGGAUCAAUGGACAUGGCAGGUUAAAUGACAUGGGUGGAUGGUCAGUGUAGGAUCAGAUGUGCUAACAUUUCAUUUGGACUUUGCUAGAGAUUGUAUGGUAAUACUUUGCUUAAAGCCUGCAGGUAUUACGCUUUGCAACUUGUAAUAAGCAUGUAUCAGCCUUUAAGUGGCUUAAAAUGCGACUUGUAAAAUGCCAUGUCUCUUAAGUAUCAACAUUUCAACUGACUCAAAAUGGCUCUUAUUUAAUCAGGCUCAUUAUGAUAUGAUUAUAAGACGUUAUAAGAGGGUCAUAAAUGUUCAUGACAAGUACUACAAUGUAUUAUAACAACACCAUCAUGUAUUAUACGUGCAGACUUUAAGUAAAGUGUUACCGACCAUAUUUUUCAGCAUAGAACCCUUCUCCAUCUUCAAUUCUUCACUCUGGAAGUAAAGGACACACAGCUCCCUCCAGCCUCAAUGGCUCAUAUUCUCCAAUCCUUUUCCUCUAAAUGUCAAUUUCAUUCACCUGCAUAACGUAAUAUCCCUGCCUCCACUUUGCAUACAUCUCCUUUAAUUUCUCUUAGCCUUCCGCUGCUGAAAGAGCUGUCAUUUUCACUGAGCGAGCUUCUUUAUUAUUCCCCCUAUUCUGUAUGGGCUAAAUUGUUUCUGCUUUCAUCUCCCUCGAUGGUCUGUGAUAAGCUCGUAAAAUAAAGAUAGAAAUGUUUAUGUAUUGAAAUGGCUUUUCUGCUUUUUUUUUUAGGCACACAGGCAUCUAAUAGGGUGCAUGCCGUUGUCACAUAUGUGAAUUCUAAUUGAGAAAAAUAUGAGCAUGACAUUUGAGACUUGACAUUACUGUUUGUCUUUGUCUCUCUGCUUUCACAGUAUAUAAUAGUGAGCUCCCUGCUCAAGCCACCCCGCCUCCAACUCUUUGACUACAAGUACCCAGACUGGAGCAUCACGGUGGGCUACAUCAUCGGUGCCUCCUCCUUUAUGUGGAUCCCUAUCUAUAUGGUCUACAAGCUGGUGUGGACCCCCGGAUCACUGAAACAGGUCUGGACCUCUAAUGGACUCAUGUACUGUGUUGGCUAUUGACAAGAAAUGGAUGUGUAGUGUGUGGUCAGUGUGACUUAUUUUCCUAAAAAGAAGCACAUAGUUAAUAUAUUUCAAUAUGUGAUGAGUGGAUGGCAAAUGGUUUAAAUAACCAUACACACUUGUUGUUAUCUCUUGUUACUUGUUCCCAGCGCCUAGCCGUGUGUCUGAGACCUGAGAGGACCAUUAUGCCAGAGAUCCACACAGACUCCCUCAACAUGAGUCCUGUUCCA